AUGAAGUCUACCAGGAACCUGUCGAGAGGGGACGGGCGGCGGCUGGGGAAUGCGUCGCUCAUCGCCUUCAUGCUCGCGUCCCUCGUCCUGCUCUCCGUCAUCAGGACGAGGCUCUCCCCCAUGGAGAAGACAGGGGACGCCAUCAAAGCAGAGGAGAGGCAGGGGAUGAACAAGGGAAGCGUCAAGAUGGAGGUCGCUCAUGAAGCUGUGGUCACAACUCCGGAUUCAGCUGUUUUGCAAUCUGCAGCGGAGGAGGAGGAGGAGGAGGAAGAAACUCCGCCCAUACCUGCCGACACGUCGACCGGGGGUGGCGUGAGCGUGCCCGCGCCCGUGAGCACAAACACCACGCCCGUCCCCGUCGCUGUCAUAGACCGCCAGGGCAAGCCGGUGUGCUACGAGUCGGGCCGGCGGUCGGACACGUGCGAGGCCGCCGGCGACGUGCGCGUGCAGGGCCGCAGCCAGACCAUCCAGGUCCGGCCGCUGGACCGGGAAUGGAAGGUGAAGCCGUACUGCCGGAAGCAGGACGCCUACGCGCUGUCGCACGUCAAGGAGUGGACCCUCCGGCCGCUCUCCGGCGGCGGCCCGCAUUGCACGGUCAACAGCUCCGCGACGGCCUUCGUGCUCUCCACCGGCGGGUUCACCGGCAACCUGUUCCACGACUACACGGACGUGCUCGUCCCGGCGUUCAUCACGGCGCACCGGUUCCGCGGCGAGGUCCAGUUCCUGGUGAGCACCUUCAAGUCGUGGUGGACCAACAGGUACCUGGAGAUCUUCCAGCGGCUGAGCAAGUACGAGGUGAUCGACAUCGACAACGACGACGAGGUCCGGUGCUACGGGAGCGUGGUGGUCGGGCCGACGUUCCACAAGGAGCUGGGCGUGGACGCGUCCAAGACGCCGACGGGGGCGUCGAUGGUGGACUUCCGCGCGAUGCUGCGGGGCGCGUUCGGGCUGUCGCGCGCGGCGGCCGAGCCGAGCGGCGACCGGUGGGACAUCCGGCGCCGGCCGCGGCUCCUCAUCAUCUCCCGCAAGAACUCGCGCGCCUUCCUGAACGAGCGCGCCAUGGCGGACAUGGCCAUGAGCCUCGGGUACGACGUGCGCGUGGGCGAGCCGGACACCAACACGGAGGUGUCCAGGUUCGCCCGGCUGGUGAACUCGGCGGACGUGAUGGUGGGCGUGCACGGCGCGGGGCUGACCAACAUGCUCUUCCUCCCCACCGGCGCCGUGCUGAUCCAGGUGAUCCCCUACGGCGGGCUGGAGUGGCUCGCCCGCGGCACCUUCGAGGAGCCGUCCAAGGACAUGCAGCUGCACUACAUUGGGUACAAGAUCCAGCUCGACGAGACGACGCUGAGCGAGCAGUACCCCAAAGACCACCCGGUGCUCACAGACCCGCUCUCCAUCCACAAGCAAGGGUGGGAGGCGCUCAAGACGGUGUACCUGGAGAAGCAGAACGUGAGGCCGCACCUGGGCAGGCUCAAGCUCACGUUCCUGGAGGCGCUCAAGCUGCUGCCCCAUGGACGCCAGGCCAAGGCCAACAACUGA